GCUAAUCACUAAUUGCAAAGUGAUAUCGAAACACUUAUCGCAAAUCAGCAGGCGACGUACGGGAACGUUUGUGUUUUCUAAUUUGAGGCACAUAUUUUUGACUAAUUAAGCUUUCAAAAUGCGUCUAACCUCGAUCCUGAACGGUGCCCACUUCGGCAACCUUGCCAAGGUCCAUGGCAUUGUCACCUACAAGAUUUCGCCCUUCGAGCAGCGCGCUUUCGCCGGUGCAAUUAGCAAGGGUCUCCCCAACAUGGUGCGCCGUUUCCGCUCCAAUGUCUUCAUUGUGGCUCCACCCUUCAUCGUGGGCUAUUUGAUCUAUGACUUGACGGAGCGUAAACAUCAUGCUUUGGCCAGGAAGAACCCCGCUGACUUUGAGAAUGACGAAUAAACAAAGUGUCCUGCUAGUCGGCGCACCUUAGCAAAUAGUGAUGUUAAGCUAAAUACAAAAACCUACAAUAAAACAAAUUGUGCAACUACAGUA